UUUUGUUUUGUUUUAAUUUAAGGUAUGGAAAAAUUUCCCCAGACGAGGCGACACUGCGUCUAAUUUUUCCAUCUAAGCAAACGUCAAUGUCAAAUUUUCAAAUUUAUAACCUUAAAAUCAACAACAACAAAACUGCCAAAACCAUUAUCUAGUUCUAAGUACAUUUUUAAUAUUAUUAAAACUUAAUGGAAUGGAUUCGUUCUACGAUGGCCCUAGACGUGCCCCCCCACUAAUGUCAACUGGAAUGCUUAAUGCCGAACCAGUUGUACCAGAAAUAUCAGUACUAGUAUCGACAAAUGCGCCCAGAAACACUUUUACUCCUUACACACAAUGGAAGAGCCAACAGACCCAAAGGAAUUUUUUACCAACAAACAAAGAAAACUUCGGUUAUCUGACAAACUCUCAGCAAAACAAUUCAAUUUUGAAAAAGCAAGUCAGAUUCGAAAGUCCUAAAGAGCAAACAAAAGUGUCUGAAAACAGUAGAGUGACCCCAGAAUCAAAAGGUGUUAAAUCAAAUGAAAAUAUCCCUUCUUUUGUGAAAGGCAGCUAUUUGGCUAAUUUGCCUAAUAAGAAACUGGACUUGAGUGUGAUCGAUUUGACUAAGAGCACACCCCCUUCAGUGAAAAAAACUGAAAGUAGACCUAGAAAUUAUAAAGAAUUUCUGGAGCAACAAGAGGUAGACACCAUAUUACCACAAAAUGUUAUUGAAGAUGAUUCUAUAACAGAUAUUUUCAAUUAUAAACCGAAAUCUCAAACUAAUGAAGCCAAACCUGAGGCAACUCAUGUAGAGCGGAAUAUUGACAAAAAGGUUGUGUAUAAACCUAACAAAUACAGGGAGAGAAUUGAAGUAGAAUCACCUUUGCCCAAAGAAACCACAAAAACCUGCAAUUGCUCCCAAAAAACCACCUCGGAGGAUGAUUUCAGUGCUAAAGAUCUUCUAAAAAUAAUCGCCCAACAAAGUCAGCAAAUUGCUCAACAAAACGCCCAACUGUUGGUCCUGCAACAGCAGAUUUCCGAGCUGGUUCUCAUGCAAAAAAACCAGCAAUUGGCCCAACAGAAUAUCUGCUGCAGCCGAGAGAGAUAUUGUUGUCCCAAAGAGGAUGAUUAUUGUAGAGAUAGAAGGUGCGACUGUUACAGGAGAAUGGGAAAAAUGAGAUGUGUCACAAGUACUCGACACGAAGAGAAGGAACAAGAGGGAGUAUGUGUGGAUCAGAUGAAUAAAAAGCAUUUGCCAAAUUUCUCUAUUGGGAUGACUACUAGUUUUGAGGUAGCAUUUAGGAAUAAAUCUGCACAAAGUCAAGUACAUCAAAACAAAACACCUUUUGUAAAUGAAAAACCUACUGUGGAAAUUGAAGAAAUAACUGAAACUGACCAUCAAAAUAAAAGUGAAAUACAGCCAUUCAGCCAGCCUAAAAAUACCAUCGGGAAUAAGGAAACCCUUGUAGAUACUUCGAUGGUAUUUAAGGAACCAAUAAGGGUUAGGGAACAGUGUCCCAGUCCAGAACCGAGUAUAAGGAUUAACAUGAAUGACUUUGAAGAGUCAGAUCCGGAGGAUUCGUCUGAAGUGGAAGCCAGUUUUUAUAGAAACCUUAUGAGCCAAGUGAAUAAAAUACUUAAAAAGGCCCAAAUCGAGACAUCCGAAGAAGUGAUGAGCAACUUGGGGGAACCAAAUUUAAAUAACAGAACCAUGCAUAAAAUUAAGGAGGCCACUCUAAAGCAGUUGAGGAAAAUUGGGGUUAAUCUGCCUCAAAUGGAAGAUAGUAGUAGAGAGAGUGAUAGUGAAAUGACAAAUGAACAAUCAUAUGAUCAAGAAGACAUUAGUUUUGCAGUUAAACAAUUACUGAUGAAAUAUUUACCUGCGGAACAUUUGGUGAGGGCCUCCUCAAAUCCGUCAAUGACACCAGAAAGGGUUUUAACACCGAAAAGUAAAACCGGGGAGAUUAAGACUAGACCAGAGUUUUCUUUUGCCACAGUACAAUAUAUGAAGAAGUAUAAUUUGAUUACCAAUAGUAAGAAAGAAUUUAACUUACCGUCCAAGGAAAAACAUGGACAUUCUCCAAAAAUCCUGGACAUAUCCAAGUUAAAACAGCAACCCAAACUGUUGUAGCAGGAAAUUUAGUAAUAAGUGACAAUGAGUAAUUUUUAUAUUUUUGCAAUAAAUAUGUAAUAUAAAUAAACACAUUUCAUCAG